AUGUUCAAGAAGAAGCCUACUAUCAAAAACAUCUCCCCAAUUAGGUCCUCAGACCGCAGGAAGAUUGCCGAUCAGAUCAUCAAAGACUACCAGAUCACAAUCCCCGAACCCACCGCCGACACGCCCACCGACGGAGCUACGGCGCCGACCUUGGCCUCAAUACGCAAUGCGCUUCUCCCAGAGAAUACCGCCUCGGCCCGUUUCACAACCACUGCAGGCCCUGAUCUCCGGGAGGUCUCCGGGACAGUCUACGUAGGCGCCCAUCCCGAUGGAGAUGAGCGGGUAUUGUGGUUCAAGGUAGAACAUGGGCCGGGUUCAGACAAGCGCCUAUAUCCGACAGUCUACACCCUCUGGCAAAAUCCGGGAUUGGUGUCUCUGCUGUAUACACCCGAAAUGGUGAUGCAGAAGCUGCGCGGUGGUGCGGACCUCAUGACUCCCGGUCUGGCUAACGAGCCUCCCUUCCCUGAGCGCGCGGUCAAGGGAGCGGUCGUUGCGGUGGCAGGAUUGGACAGUCACAGCGUACCUCGCUUUGUCGGUGUCUGCGAGAUCGACGUGGCGGCCUUGAAGGAGGUCCAAGGUGCGAAGGGCCAUGCGGUGCGAGGUCUCCACUGGGAAGGCGAUGAGCUGUGGGCGUGGAGCCCAUCAUCUCGGCCUGGAUGUCCAGCGCCGGAGUACUUGAAAGGAUGGGAUGAGGGGGCAAGUGACACGGAGGAGCUCAAUGCUGCAGCCGAGGGACUGGGGCUUGACGAGACAGCCGAAGAGUCUGCGGAACUUUCCAACGAAACUCCCGACGGAGCCCCCGUGGCGGAAGACGAGGUGACUGCUGAACAGGAGCCGGAGCCUACAACCAAGGAAAUUGAUGACGCCUUCGUCAAAGCCUUCAUCUAUGCAAUCUACAAGUUGAAACAGGACAAUCCCUCUGCGGCCAACCACGGGUUGUCUUUACCUGUGUCGCCCUCGAUGUUGAUCGCAAAUCUCAUCACCCCAUAUCUACCCAUCCGCUCUGCGCAGCAAGCACAGUACUACACCAUCAAAAAGACGAGCUGGAAGAACGUGAAAAAGUUCAUCAAACAUCUGGACAAAAUGCAACUGGUCAAGUCCAAAGAUCGCAGCGGACAAGAAACAUACAUCAUGGAUGUGGAUUUCAAUGAUCGCCGCGUGGAGCAAUUUGUUCCAUACAAAAUCCCAUCCAAGGCCUCACUCGAAGCUUCCCACAAAACCCCCUCGUCGAACGACAGCAAAAAGCCCGCUGCUACGGACGAGGCCGACCCCUCCGUUGGUCAAACACUCAAUGUCCAAACCUUAUACCGACCAACGCAAAAGCUCACCCCGGACAUCUUCCCCGCCUCUUCCUCCAGCAACCCUAAGAAUUUCUACAAAUACUCCGACGUCUCCACCCAUCUCGAGCAGUACACGCAAUCCCAAAACCUCGUUUCCGCCGACAACCGCCGUGUUAUCAACCUCAACCCUUUCCUAGCCAACAACGUCUUCACAUCCAACUUCCCAGAGGACCAAGGAACCCUCAAACGCGGCAAAGUCACCCGCGACGGCCUACUCAGGCGACUCAUCGAAGACCACGCCCUCCUGCAGCCCCACUAUGCCAUUCUCAAAUCAGGCCAGACCCUGGCAGACGUGAAGCCCAAGGCCGGCGCAGCCCCCAAGGCCGUCGUCACGCUUGAAAAACGCACGGGCUCCAAGACUGUCACCAAGGUGACGAAUCUGGAAAUCUUCGGCAUUAUCCCCACUCUUCUGGCGGAGGAGUUGCAAAAGAAGUGCGCCAGUAGCACGAGCGUCACGCAGGCCGUUGGUGCGCCCAAGGGUAUCAUGGAGGUUCUGGUGCAGGGUGACCAGCGAAAAGUGGUGGACACUGCGCUUGCUCGUCGGGGCUUGAAGAGUCAGUGGGUUGAGGUGGUGGAUAAGACUAAGAAGAAGAAAUAG